CCGAGGAGGUGACCCCGUCCCGGGCGGAGCGCGGAGGCGGCGGCGGCGGCGGCCAUGUCGCGGGACCCCGCCGGGGCGGUGCGGCUGCUGGCGCUGCUGAUCUGUUUGAAUUAUGGAAGUGGACUCUAUGUGAAGGUUUAUAAUCGAAAUGGCAGGAGUGGCAUGUUGUCUCAUCCCAACAGCCUAGUCAGACAGAAGCGAGAAUGGACAGUCCCUCCGGCUUUCAUACGGGAAGAGGAGGACAAUUCCUAUAAGAAUCCAAUUGCUAGAAUACAUUCUGAUCUUGAAGAUACAGGGAUAGUGGUAACUUAUACUAUAUCUGGUCAAGGAGUAACAGAACCCCCUUAUGGAUUAUUUGUUAUCAAUGGAAAGACUGGAGACCUGAACAUAACAGGAAGGGUUGACAGAGAAAAGACUCCAAUGCUGCUUCUCAGAGGUCAUGCACUAGAUAAGACUGGAUCAAAACUGGAAGAGCCAAUAGACCUCCCAAUUAAAAUUGUGGAUAUAAAUGACAAUUUUCCAGUGUUUUCACAUGAAGUUUUUGUUGGUUCAAUUGAAGAAUUAAGUGAAACAGGUACAAUUGUAAUAAGGAUAAAUGCAACAGAUGCAGAUGAACCAAAUAACCUAAAUUCCAAAAUUGCUUUCAGGAUCAUUUCCCAAAGCCCUAGCACUGCAUUCAGUAUCAAUAAGGAUACUGGCGAGGUUCGAGUAGCAAAAAUAAACCUUGACAGAGAGACACAAAGUAGCUAUUCUUUGGUGGUGGAGGCAAAAGACCGUGGUGGUGAAUUAGGUGGGAAUGCUGCAACAUGUUCUUUAGAAAUCAAGAUUUUGGAUGUCAAUGACAAUCUGCCUGUGGUUGAACAUCGUGCAUUUGAAGGAAGCAUUGAAGAAAACAGAGCAAAUGUGGAAAUUCUGCGAAUGAAAGUAUUUGACAAAGAUGAAGAGUUUUCUGAUAACUGGCUGGCAAACUUUUCAUUUGUUUCUGGCAACGAAGGUGGCUUUUUUCGUAUAGUAACAGAUGCCAAAACAAAUGAAGGAGUUUUGACUAUCGUGAAGGAGCUGGAUUAUGAAAAAAUACAAACCCUAAACUUGGGCUUUGUUGUUACAAACAAAGCAGAGUUCCACAGGUCAAUUAAACACAGUUAUAAAGCACAAAUAAUUCCAAUCAAAAUUAAUGUGAUUAAUGUGCGGGAAGGCCCUGUAUUCCCUGGUGGCACAAAAAUUAUUGAAGCAAGUGAGAAACUGCAGAUAAGACAGGUUAUUGGACAGUAUCAAGCCUAUGAUGAAGACACUGGAAAAAUAGCGCAGCACAUUACAUACGUGAAAGGAAGAGAUACAGCAAACUGGAUCACAAUAGACUCAGUCACAGGUGAAAUCCGACUUGCCAAAGAACUCGAUUACGAAUCGUCCUAUGUAGUAAAUGGUACCUACACUAUCACCAUGCUGGGUAUAACUACUGAUUUUCCUAAGAAAACGGUCACCGGCACAGUCAUUAUUCAAAUUAAAGAUGAGAAUGAUAACUGCCCAGUUAUUGUGAACCCUGUGCAGACUGUGUGUUCAGAUGCAAAAUUAGUUGAUGUUACAGCUGAUGAUUUGGAUGGUUACCCAAACAGUGAUCCCUUCAGCUUUACUGUCAUUGAUGAGCCAGAAGGGACAGCAAAAAAAUGGAUGAUUGCAUCCAGAAAUGGCACCAGCAUACAGCUGGUACCACAAAACCUGAAGCUGGGCAGAACUGAAGUUCCCAUCCUAAUAAAGGAUUUCCAAGGGUUCAGCUGUCCUCAAGCACAGUAUCUGCAGCUGACUGUUUGUAAGUGUACGGAUGACGGCGUAUGCAGAGAGAAAGUUAUUGGCCCUAAAUCAGUGGGUCUGGGACCAGGAGCGGUUGCACUAAUCGUCUUGGCGUUUUUACUUUUGCUGCUUAUUCCACUGUUACUGCUGCUGUGUCCCUGCGGCUCAGGAGCGAAGGGAUUUGCUGCGAUACCGGACUACAGCGAAGCGAUGUUGCGUCAGUGGAACAGCGAAGGAGCAGCUCCCGAGGAGAAGCCAGUGCUAAGCUUCAUCCCACCCACUGCACUGGGGAACUCGAGAGGAGCGACCAGUGGAGCACUAACAGCAGCGGCAGCAGCAGCAGGAAUGAGUGGAGAGGAAACUGCAGCAGGAGAAGGCAGCUCUGCCUCUCAUGUAAGAGAGCAUCACAGCACUAUUACCAAAGAAGGAUGGGAAGAGCAAAGACAUCUCCUUUCUGGUGCUAAGUAUGGAGCCAUGGCAGCUGGAGGAGCUGAAGGCAUGGCAGGUGUAGAAGGCAAGACAGUGGUGGCUGGAGGAGGAGUCGUGGUGGGAGCAGCAGGAGCCAUGAAUGAAGAAUUUUUAAGAGACUACUUCAGUGACAAAGCUGUCUCUUUUGCGGAUGAAGAUGAAGCCCAAGCUGCAAAUGACUGUCUCCUGGUUUAUUCCCAGGGAGAGUCAGGCUCCCCCCACGGCUCCAUCGGCUGCUGCAGCUUUAUUGAGGGUGAUCUUGAUGACCAUUUCCUUGAUGAUUUAGGAGACAAAUUUAAGACUCUAGCAGAAAUAUGCAUAGGCAGACACAUCAACAUGAAAGACGGUAGCUCUGGGAAUGAAUCAGGUUUCGGUCUUAAUGACGCAAAGUCACGGUUCUUAGAUCAGCAAAAUACUUCCAGCUCCGAACAAGCCUUCGCCUCGGGCAGCCGCUUCCAGCCCGCCCCGCCCGUGCACACGGGCGGUGGCGCCGGAGAAGAUACCCUGUCCAAGGAGGUGGUCAUGGAAACAACCUUUGCAUCCCGCUCUGGGCAGCACAAUGCCCAGCCCCUUCCCACGGCCCACGCGGAGACCAAUUUCAGCGUGACGGAAACGUCCUUUUCUGCAGGGGCUCCUGCCCGCUCGGCUGCUGUCUUUCUAGACCCCCAGUUUAAGGAGAACGUAGUGGUGACAGAGAGAGUGCUGGCACCCGCGUCGAGCUUGCAGGGCAUGGUGGAAAUCCCCAAUUUACCGCACAGAAGUAACGUGGUGGUUACGGAGAGGAUGGUGAAGUCGGAGGGUGCCGGGACAGGAGCCCUGACGGUUCAGGAUCUCCCCGACUCCCAGUACGUCAUGGUGAGGGAGCGGGAGAGGGUGCUUGUGCCUGCUGCAGAGCAGGGCUCGCUCAGCUUCCCUGCUUUGGCAGAGGGGCGCAGCACGGUGGUGAACGAAAGGGUGGUGACAACCUCGGGGAUGCAGAGCAGAGCUGAACAGGCGGCAGGUGCCGGCCCGGGAAGGCAAGAGCACGUGCUGAUCACAGACUCCCUGCUUAACCAGGCAGGCUCCAACUUAGAAGGGCCACCUCCUGCCAGUGCCACGCUGAGCAAGUCUUCCAGGGUCACCCAAUACAGCACGGUGCAGUACACUCGCUCGUAGCCUGGCCCCUUGCAGGGGUGGCAGUGUCUGGCACUCUUGUGUCCGCGUGCGUCUCACCUCAGGCUUUUUCUUGAGACCUGAAUUUGCUGGAGCUUUCAGAAUGACAUGGACUCACUUGUGAUAGUUUGUAUAAAUAAGGAUUAUGACCAGGAAGCUAGUAAGGAAAUCUGCUGUUGUUAUUGUGUAACAUUGGCUUUUGAAGUGGAAAGAUGUGGGAAAUACAUUUUUUUUUUUCCUUGUUUGCUAUUUUUGUAAUUGCUUUUUAUUAUUCAGUUAGUGUAAUAAUACCACAUAACCACAGCUGCAUAAUUAUGGGUAAGCAGAAGAAAGUCUAAAAUCUAGUGAUGGAUAGUAGCGUGCAAAGCACAAGUUAGGUUACUGAACUGCUGUUUAGUGUAUCUGCUGAAGUCCCCCCCUAAGGGGCAUCAGUUUCUCAUUGCGUGUUUGCCAUCUAUUACUUUGUGGGCCAGGGCAGCUCCUCCUGAGCUGCAGAUCUCUGCUCCUUGGUGAAUUGCUAAGAAAUCUCUCCUUCCUGAGAAGCCCAGGCCACCAAAGCCACUAUGUCCUAAGGGCAGUGUUGUGUUGAUCUCCUGGAGGGGAGGAAUGUCACAAUUUCAGGUUAUCAGCGUUUGUACCUUAAGCAAUCAAUACUUGCAUAUUAGCACGGGGUUAAAGAGAGCAAGUAGCAAAAAAGCUGAGAACUGCAGUUUUUUUGGUACCUUGAUGUAAAAAUUCCAUUACUUGGUGUGAGUCUAGGCUGACAUGGACAAGUAAGCAUUUGCAUCAUAUCGAUUUUUCACUGGCUCCUAAUUGGUCCCUUAAUAAUGUAUGAGAAACAGCCAAAACUUACCUUAGCUUUAGAGCCAGAGAUUCAGUCAGUGGCUUUGCUAGCAAAGUUUAUGGCCCCUAGACAUCUAUAGGAUAUGAUUUACAAGUGCAAUUAACUAAGUGAUUUUAAUUCUGUCUGUGAACUCACAGAUACAAGCACAGAAAUGCAGCCUGAUGUGUGUGUGUGAGGUUGUGCUGGCUCCAGUACCAGAGCUGGGGUGGCCUGUGUAGUGCUGUAUAAUGGCAGCUUUCCUCAGCUCUGACAAGACUAGAGAAAGCUUCCUUUAAGUCUGCAACGCUUAAACUUCUUGGAAAGAAAAGUAAUCUUAUGUGGUAAAAGCAGAAGACAGUACUGCACUGUUUGGCACUAUGUAUAUAUGCACAUGUAAAUAUUUGUAUGCAGUUUGAAACUUUAAGUGAAUUUUAUAAAGGAAAAACUGUCAUACACUCCUCAUCUUUCUCAGAGUAGGAAGAAGUAUUUUAGAUUAGGUGUUGGUACCAUGUUUAUGUCAUACCUGUAAAAUCAGCAAGCUGGUCAUACGGUACUGCAGAGCCCGUGCACCUGCAGAGCUUUCUGGUUGUCUCCAUCUCUCCUGGAGUUUUCCUGCAGCUGUAGUGUUAUGUUUUCUACUGAUAUGUUUUGCCUUUGACUAGAAAUGCUUUCAGUGUAUUUGAUUUUACUGAUAAGGAUGUAAAAGUUGAUUCAGAAACAUAAACAUAGAAAGUAGGAACCAUGGCUAUGCUCAACAGGGUGCAUCUUGACAGAUGGGCCAUUACAUUAAGUGGAGGAGGACUUCCAAGCAAAUCAAACUACGCACUUGCUUGGACCUGUUGGUUAUUUAUCUCUUAAACUUUUUUUUUUAAAGUACGUGCAUUCACUUUAAGCAAGCAUGCAGUUUUAAGUGGUCACCACUUUUUCCUGCAGUUAGAGGGAGUGAACUUACUUCUGACUUUUUACUGGAGUAUUUCUGUGGUUUUAUGCAAUCUUAAAAUAAAGACCUCUGCUGUGUUUCUUUUAUUCUUCAUUCAGUUUUAAGACAGCUACUCCCGUGAAAACACUGACUUUCCUACUGCAAAUAAAAGCUUUAAAGAUAGAAUGAGGAUUGGGAUUUUUCCAAACAGCCUGAAAGAAUAUCUGAAAGAUGCAGAUGUAAUAAAAGUUGGUGUCCUGCUAACUUACAGAUUCUGGGGAAUAAAAAAAAAUUCUGCCUGCUGGUUAAGCGCACUAAAUUCUGUAAGAACUUCAUGCAAGACAGCAGCAUCCCAUCCACUGAUUUACUGGGCUUUGAGUCAAACUCUUCUAAUCAGUUUAUACUUCCAAACAACAUGGCGUAAAAUAUUGUCUCAGUUUUAUAGUUGUUAAAACGUAUAGUUGUUAACAUCUAGAAGAUGUAAGAGUCAGGACUGUGUCACAGAAAUCCUGACUUCCCUGUGUAUUGUUUAUAUAUAAACUUUUAUCACAGAUUUGCUAGUGCUGUAAAGAGUCUAUUUGUAUAGAUUUGUUAAGAGUGAAUCUCCAUUAUUUGGUUAGUCUUGUACCAAGACUUCAGGUGCUAUCAGCCUGUG